CGUUCAAUUUAAAGAGCGCACCAUGUCGCAGCUGCAGCAAAGUGACUCCAACUCCAGCGGCGUUUAUUCCGACAACAGCAGAGUUCACAGCGGCGCCGCGUUUUCCGGACCCAUGUUCGUCGUCCUCAUGGUGAUGAUGGUAACUUUGGUCAUGGUCAUAGUUUUGGGCAACGCUUUGGUCAUCUUCGCCUUCAAAGUGGACAAGAGUUUGCGGAGACAGUGCAAUUAUUACUUUCUGAAUUUGGCAAUAUCGGAUUUCCUUGUGGGGGCGUUUUGCAUCCCGGUCUACAUCCCCUACACCCUGACUGGCAAGUGGAGCCUGGGCAGAGGGGUCUGCAAGCUGUGGCUGGUCAUGGACUACCUGCUCUGCUCAGCCUCCGUCUUCAACAUCGUGCUCAUCAGCUACGACCGCUUCCUCUCAGUCACCCGAGCGGUGAGUUACCGAGCGAGGCAGAGUAUGACCCAUCCAGCCAUCAUCAAGAUGGUCACAGUGUGGGUUCUGGCCUUUGUCCUCUACAGUCCAGCCAUCAUAUUCUGGGAACUGGUGGCGGGCAGGAGCCACGUGCCAAAGGACGAGUGCUUCGCCGAGUUCUAUCACUCUUGGUACUUCCUGCUGAGCGCCUCCAUGCUGGAGUUCUUCUCUCCUUUCAUCUCCGUGGCUUUCUUCAACCUCAGCAUUUACCUGAACAUCCGCAGACGGAGGCUGCAGAGCGUGGAGGCCCAGCUCCACCUGCAGCACAGCCAGCCUCACGCGGAAGGCGUCUCCGCCGCCUCUGGAUUGGGAGCCAAACUGGCCCGACGGGCGUCCAUCCACUCCCAGAGCUCGUCCCCCAGUCUGGGGAAAGCCGAUCCCUCCGCCAGCAGGGCGGCGCUGCCCAGCCGUCUGUCCAGGGAUAAGAAAAUCGCCAAAUCCCUGGCCAUCAUCGUCUGUGUUUUCGCCAUCUGCUGGGCUCCGUACACCCUGCUGAUGAUCAUCCGCGCCGCCUGCAGAGGGCGCUGCAUCCAGCAUCACUGGUACGAAAUCACCUUCUGGCUCCUGUGGCUCAACUCGGCCAUUAACCCUUUCCUGUACCCGCUUUGCCACAGUAGCUUCCGCAGGGCCUUCGCUAAGAUUCUCUGCCCGAAGCGUCACACAACCCCCCCGUCGCCCGUCCUGCGCGUCACCUGACGACAGAACACGCUGCUGGGAGGGGAAUAUUCAAACUGCGAACCAUGUACUUCCAUAGUUUCAAAGCCUGCGGAGGAGAUUUACGUGUUUUUGUUUGUGGAUUGACGUGUGUGCUGCUGAUGUACUGUAUUUCAUCACCAAAGUCCUGCCUCCAUCACGAUAUUAUUAAUAUUCUCACAUCUAAGCCACAAUCCAGAGGCUGUAAAGAGAAAUGACUUGACUUGUUGUUACUGCUGCCUUGAAGCGAAAAAGCAAUUCACCAGUCCGAGUAUGUAUUUAUAAGCGAGGAGCUUCCAUCUUACUAGUAUUUCAUGAAAAACAAAUGCAUAAAUAAACGUGGCUUCCUUUAAAAUAGAUCUUUAGCACCAUCUGCUGUUCAAAGCGAAUUAUUAUUUCAAUCCAGUAGCCAAUGAAAUCACACACGAAGUGCCAUUUAAGCAAAAAUAUUAUCAGAUGUGUUACUGUUUUUUUUAAUAAUAUAAAUUUUAUUUAUUUUAUUAUUAUUAUUUUUAAAGUGGCAUCGUUAUUGUUUGUUUUGCAUAUAAGUCGCAAGUGUUCGUUUGGUGUUUUAAUUUUUUUUUUUCAUAUAAAAACAACGACAUCAUUUUAAAACCCUGUUUACCAAUAAAACAAUUGGCAAGGCAUGCAAUAAAUAAAUAAAUCAUCGAGGGUGACGUGGGUUAAACGAUUACAUGUCAUUAAAAUGAUCACAAAAUUUUACAGCUGUACUUAUUUUCACCGACACAUUUAGAGAUUUAACGAACGUCAAAACGCCUAUCACUACGUUGUGUAGAUGGGACGCUUUACCACUAGAUGUCAGCAUUUACCUUUUCCAAUAAGACAACUCGUUGACGUUUCAACUGCAUUUCAUUGCAACAUAUGAGUGAGAUUUUGUUGGUUCUGAUGAAUGACACGUAACGAUGUUUUUUGUCCAUUUAAUUUUGCUUUAUACCGGUGGUGUAAAUGGUGUGAUUUAUGAUACUUACAAGUGCUACAAUCGUGUUCAUCCUUGUGAAUACAUUUUUAAUCAUAUUCAAGAUGAUCAGCAAAAAAAAAAAGAAAGCAAAUGUGCAAAAAAGAAACACUGACGUCUCCUUUAAUCCUGUGUUUGUGUACGAUUU